UUAAUUGCAGAACGGAUGUCGGUCCCAAAUCCAAAGUAAAUGUCCAGCGCCAGAAAUCGGCAUUUCCGCCGAAUUUUGUGCAUUCGCUCGAUGCGACGCACAUGUUGAUCACUGCCACUAUGUGUAGCAAAAAGAAUAUACUCUUCGCCUCAGUCCACGACUCGUACUGGACACACGCUGGCUCGGUAGAAGAUAUGAACAUACUUAUCCGAGAUGCCUUCGUCGAACUGCACAGACAGCCUAUUCUGGACCAGCUCUUGCAAUUCUGGAAGGCCCACUAUGGAGGCCUGAAUAUGAUUCAAGGUGCGAGGGCUAAAAAGGUCAAGCUACUGCCACUACCCAAGCGAGGCAUUAUUGAUCUGGAGAAAGUGAAGAAUUCCCCGUACUUCUUUGACUAGAGAAACCGUGGAGGCUUUUUCAGACAUCCUACCUACACUCAUUGACCGAAUAUCCCAUGAACAACUAAGGUCUCAAACAAAUGGAUCUGAUUGGAUAGUUAAGCUUGCGUGCGCAUAUCUCCAGGGUAUAUCCACCCCUCAGCUGAUAGAGAGCAAACUGAAAUGUUACCACGUAUCAGAAGAACAAGUUCGAUGCGAUACACGCCCUUUGGCGUGACCCCAUGGCGGCGGUUUGGUACCGGUCCUAAUUAUCACCUUUCGGGUGCAAUAAAUGCGUACGGGUGCUCAGUAUGCAACGCGCUCCUAUCCAAAGAGGAGGUUGGUGUUACGCAAACAGCUGGAGGGUGGGAUUUACCUACAUGGCUACACAACCGACUGACUGUGUCAGUAAUAGACAAUUCAACAUUAGACAAUUAUAAUUAAAAUAUGCAACUGCACAAG